GGUUCAUUAGCUUUUUGUCUUGUCUCUCUGCCUCCCACUUGCACAAUCCCACUUUUUCCCCCCAAAAAAUCGUUUUCGACUGUAUUUGUAUUGUUUGCAUUAAAACAAACGGCGUCGAACGCCGAGCGUCGAGGUCGUCUGCCUUACUGAUAUAUACUUGAUAUAUUUUUUUUGUGAAAUAUAGUCUGCGUCAUUUCGCACGCGCCGUCAACUGCAGCAGCUGAAGUUGAAGUUGAAGUUGAAGAUUUUAAUUCAAAUUGCAACGAUGGAAUCGGAUACGACGGAAAUAGAAAGUACGGCGUCGGCGGCGGCGGCGGAGUUGCAGACGCCGCUGCAAAGUGAAAGCGUUGUGGGUGGCAAGGGGGAAGCUAAAGUUGAAGGCGACGCAACACCUCCGCCAAUCAAGCGACAGAAAAUCGCUGAAGAUGUUGCUGAUGAGCCGCAGCAGGAACAGAAGGAGCAACAAGAAGAGGAAUCUGAGGAACAGGUGCCUCAGCUGAUUGCCGUAGAGCGGGCACAAAGCACGCAGAGCAGCUUGCGUAAAUUUAAUCGCAUACCCGUCUUCAUUGUCGACUAUCACAACGAUGUGCUUGAGUUCAUCUACAGAUGCCUGGCCACACGGCACUUGCCGCUGGAGCGGAAUGUCCUGGUGCAUUUUGACUCACAUCCAGAUUUGGUAGUGGCACGCGACAUACCAGCCAGUGCCAGCUAUGACAAGGACGUCAUGCUCAACGAGCUGAGCAUCGAGAACUGGAUUAUGCCCACCCUAUAUGCAGGUCACUUCAAUCGCGUGGUCUGGCUGAAGAAUUCGUGGUGCCAGCAGAUACCCACAGGCAAGCAUGAGUUCAAAAUCGGGCACAAGGAGGAUCGCAUUGGUGUGGAUUGUCCGUUGGACUAUUUCAUAGCCGAGGGAAAUUAUUGCACAAGCGAUGAACUGCAGGAGGCGCGCUGUGUGGAGCUGCAAGUGCACGAUGCAGACAGUGAAUCGCUGGAUCCCACAGAGUUCCUAUCGGAGAAGGAUGCAGCGGGUUUUAUACUGGACAUUGACUUAGACUUCUUUAGUACAUCGAAUCCGUUUCUGGAAAUCUACAAAGAUGCCAAUUGCUAUGCUCAGCUAACGGAGAUCUUUCACUUUGAGAGCGUGGAGCCGGCCAAGCAAGCUGGCACGGCCACCAUUGCCGAUUACUGUGCCACAGCGGAGACGCGACAGAAACAGCUGGACGCACUGAAGCGCAUCUUUUGGCAUCUGGAGGAGCAGCGCAGCUUCGAGGGCCUGGAGAAACCGGAUGAGUCUGUCAUAACGCCACAAAUCUAUGCCAAAAUUCUACAAUUGGCUGAGCAGCUGCAGGCAAAAUAUCCGGAUGACGAAAUCGAUUGGUUGCUCAUCUUCGACUCGGGCAGCACCACGGAUAAUAAUGGACUGCCCCAUCACAUAAGCACCACCAAGGAGCUGGAGGAUUACUUUGCGCACUUUAAGCGUUUUCUGCAGCGUCUGCCCGUGCCUCCAGUGGCCAUUACGAUGGCGCACUCGGCACAGGAUGACUACUGCCCCCAGGAUCAGGUGGCGUUCAUUGAGGAACAGGUGCUACGGCUGCUGCGCGAGGUCUUUGGCGACAAACUGCACGAGAAAGCCAUCUUACACUACAUGGACGAUCCGUGGGAUGUGAUGAAACUCUAAGCAUACUCCAGAUUAUAAUAAUAAUCAAAGAAAGAUCUGCCAAAUGUGGAUCGACAACACCAAGUCGCAGCAUACGAAGAAGAAACAAAGACUGGACUGCAUCCUUUUCUUUCUUUUUUUACUCAAUGACUGACGCUUGCAACGAAACUUCUAAGUGAUUCCACACAACUGCAGCAAGAAAGAUGAACUAACUACUAAACUACUAAAAAAUUACUUAUUUUUUUAUUAAUAAUAAUAAACAUACGUAACGUAUUUAUUAUACACAAAAAGCAAACGAAACGAAACAAAACACAGUUACAAUGCAUAUGCUACAUUUAUAUGAAGUCCUUUAAGCGUGAUUAUUAUAAAUUAAACGCAAUAAAAU